UCGGAUGGAAAUCCUACAAUCAGAUGUUGGAAGUGGAGUUGAAGAGUCUGGCAAACAGAAGAUGGUUAAGCAAAUUUGCCUUCUUCUGGAGAAUAUUCAGUGCCAUAUGGAAGGGGGAUUCUUUGGUGAUUGGAACCUUGAUAAUUAUGUGGCAAGGAUCAUAAAAAGCAGGUAUUCUCAUUCCGUUGGAGAUGUGGUUCAUGAAAUCUACGACAAGAUGGACCUAUUGCUGUUUGCCGAAGAGGAUGAAACCCCAAAUCAUUUUCUCAUCAGUGAAGACAGCAACAAAUCCUGGAAUGGAAAGGCCGACAGAGAUGAGAUGGGUGAAAAUAAUGUAAGUAGUAGUGGUCCCAUAUCGUCGGAAAAUGAGCCCUUUCAGCUCCUCAAGAAUGCAAAUGGAAGCCUUGAAAGAAAUAAACAGCAGGAGGAUCCAAAAAUAGUAGAAGCCAAGAAGAAGAGAGAAAGGGCAAGAAGAUUUUCAUCUUUCACAAGUUGCAUUCCUGAUUUGCAGAAACUUUGGGCCCCAAAGCAGAUGUCUAUGAAACUCAAGUCAGAUUCUUUUAGAAAGCUGCCAACAAGGAAGAAGAAGAAGCGGGAGAGGGCAAGCUAUGACACAGUAUGCGAGACCCCAUUGACCGGAAACAAGCGUUCAUGUUCAUGGACCAGCAAGGUGGAUGAUGACCAUUACAGGGUUGACGGGAGUCAAAGAAGUAAUUCAGUUUCCAAGGCUUUAUUUCAAGAUGACCAAUUGAUGUGAGUAAAUUAUAUUCCACUCUUACGGAAGAAUUGUAUAUGUAAACAUGUGCAGGAUGAAAACAUGGUUAAUUCAGAAUUCAACCCCAACUGUUGGACGUAAGUAUCUGAUACUAGAACUAUAUCCCAACUAAAAGCUGUAUUGCAUGGUAUACCUACAUGAUUAGUUAACCCACCACGUGAUGUCUUGCUACUGAAUAAAUCUUUCAUUUGUGUAGGCUGGUGUAUUUGACCUUUAAAGGAAUGAAUAUACAUUGAAGAAAGAAUUGAGUUCCC